UAAUGUUCCAAGUACCACAUAGCCGGUUUUCUCUCUAUUGCCUCUACUUCAACCUUUCUUUUAAUUUCUUCAAAGAAAAAGAAUAACAACUUCUUUAAGAUAUACCAUUUUCUCUUCUUCUUCUUCUUGGGGGAGAAGAAUUAAUUAUGAUUGAACCUCAAAUGUAAACCUUCAUAGAAUAUAUUCUAAUUCUUCUAAAUUCCUUUUCAAUUUGCUUCAUAGCAAAUUCUUUUGAAAUUUUAGAACAAGCUUCUUGAUUCAUUCAUUCAUUUGUGUUUCACACAACAAACAUCUCCAAAUAUACCAUGGAAGGUGAAAGUGUUGUAGUACAAGUUGCAAAAAAUGUAGAAAAAGAAGAAAUGAAGAGCCAAGAAGUAAUAGAAAAGGAACAGCAAGAAGAAGAAAAAGAAAAUGGACAUAACAAAAACCAAAAAGAUGAUAACGAUCAGUUAUCACCAAGGGCAGUGUUGGAAAUUCACAUAUCAGGUGCUACGUCAGAUUCCGAUAACAGUAGCACCAGCUCCGGCGAAAGGACCCGAAGUUUCGGGUCAUGUCCGGCGGCCGUACAAGGCGGCUCCGGUGAAGGGUUGAGUUUUAAGAGUUUGUUUGAUAACAUGAAGAGAAAAUCGAUUAAAAGAUUAUCGACGAUACCAUUACUGAGUGGAUAUGAGAUGUUGUUACCAAAGAAGAAUAAUAUUAAGAGGAAAUUAUUGGCAAGGAUUAGGAGUGCUGAAGAAGAUACAAUUGAUUGUCAUGAUUUUGUUGUUCCUAAACCUUCUUGGAGGAAUUUUAGCCUUGAUGAACUUGCUCUAGCUACUGAUAAUUUUGCUCCAGAUAACUUAAUUGGCAAAGGAGGACAUGCAGAAGUGUACAAAGGACAUUUGCAAGAUGGCCAAGUUGUUGCAGUAAAGAAAAUAACCAAGAAAGAAAAGAAUGAUGAGGACAGAGUUGGAGACUUCUUGUCUGAGCUAGGAAUCAUUGCUCACAUCAACAACACAAAUGCUGCUAAGUUAAUUGGUUUCAGUGUUGAUGGUGGUUUGCAUCUUGUUAUCCAAUACUUGCACCAUGGCAGCCUCGCUUCUGUACUACACGGUAGAGAAGAAUGCCUUGAAUGGAAAAUAAGAUAUAAAGUGGCAGUAGGUGUAGCUGAUGGACUGCGUUAUCUUCAUUGUGAUUGCCAAAGGCGCAUAAUCCAUAGAGAUAUUACAGCCUCAAACAUUCUACUUACUGAAGAUUAUGAACCUCAGAUAUCUGAUUUUGGACUUGCAAAAUGGCUGCCUGAAAAAUGGGUACAUCAUGUUGUUUCCCCCAUUGAAGGAACUUUCGGAUAUAUGGCACCCGAGUACUUUAUGCACGGGAUUGUUCAUGAGAAGACCGAUGUUUUUGCCUUUGGGGUUCUGCUAUUGGAGCUUAUUACUGGUCGCCGUGCUGUUGAUUCAUCUAGACAGAGUCUUGUGAUGUGGGCAAAACCAAUGCUGGAACAGAACAAUGUCAAGGAAUUAGCGGACCCUCGUCUAGGAGAUGCCUAUGAUGUUGUUGAGAUGAAACGAGCUAUGUUUACAGCUUCCACAUGCAUUCACCACUUGCCAAACAUGCGUCCUAACAUGAUACGGGCUGUUCAGCUGUUGAAAGGCGAGAACGUACCAAUAGACAUGAAGCAGAAAUCGACAGGAGGAAGAGCAUUGAUGCUGGAUGCUUGUGAUUUAGAAGAUUACAGUAGCACAACUUAUCUAAAAGAUCUCAAUCGUCAUAUGCAGCUCGUUAUGGAGUAAAUUUUGAUCUUGAUAUCAUCGAGUCUCAUUGAUCGUUGUUCUGCAUCUGCUGCUGUUUAAUUAUUCGCACUUGGUCUCUGUUUGUACAUAUAUCUUGUAAAAUCAAGGGUUCAAUCCAGUCAUAUUCCACUAGCUGUUUCGGGUUGAAAGUUUUUGAGAUGCUGUACAUCUUAACACUGAGAAGCAAGCAUCGGAAACAUCUGAGUUUGUCUUCCGCUUUGUCAAAAUACUUGGAUGAAAGAAGAUGCUAUUAGCAGCACAAAAUUGAUGCAGUAAAAAGCAAGUGAUUGUACUGCAUUAAAUCGUUUAUCAACACAUGAAAAAGGAUCACAAGAGCUCAUUUCAUUCAUGUUUCUUCAAUAUAAAUUGGACUUGGCUGAAGUAAUCCACUGUCGUGUAUAUUAUGCUGUUGAUCUUUGAAA